UAAAUCAACGAUUUUAAAUCACAGCGUACACCCUCGACAAAAACACACAACUCUUUGGACCGUUAGUUGAAAAUAUAAGUGCAUUUUACCUCCGAAUUAGCUCAUGAAGAUAAAGAAAUGCAGUAAUUGCCUGAUGUUUUACUACAUUUGCAAUCAUGGCCCCUAAACAAGUAUUAGACAGCGGCACACAGUAAAAGUCAUUUUGAGAAAUAUGAUGCUUGUUUGGAAACUCAGUUGCAUAAUUUCAACGGUCCAGUUUGUAACAUUUAGGAGGAUUUAUUUUGUAAAAAAUUAAACAUAUUAUGUAUAGUUUGUGCGCGAAUUGGUUUCCGUUACUUUAGUGUUGAAUUUUCAGACUUAAUGCAUAGUUUAACAUUAUAUUUUCAAGAAAAAACCUCGUCUGCGGGUAAAGGAGAGGCGGAGGCGGGCAUAUUGUAAUAGUUAUUUAUUAAUAUUGUUAUUAUUAUUAUGAUUUAUGUUUUUUUUUUAGCUAACUGCUCCCACGGUGAGUAAACUAUUUUGUCCAGUUACUUUACAGGCUUGUCGAGGACAUCUACGCUCGAAUUGGUUUCCGUUGCCAUAGUGUUGAAUUUUCAGACUUAAUGCAUAGUUUUACAUUAGAUUGUUUUUACAUUACAGGCUUGUCGAGUAUGUCUGUGUAGGUGUACAACGUUUGUAAAAUUCCUCAAUUUCCAUGGAAUUGUGUUUGCCUUUAAUCUGUUUUGCGCUGAUCAAAGGCAGCAACAUUCAAACAGUAUAUUAUAUAUAUCCAGAAGGAACUUCUCAAGCGAACCUUGUUAAUGCGACAAAACAUAGACUUUAUAGCAAUUACGAGUUGAACCGUUAGCCCGAGGAAGCUUUGCUGAGCAUACACGAUUCCAGACAAUAAGAUCAGGAGAAGAUCAGCAAUCAGCUCAGGAAAGACGAUAGGGACAGAGCAGCAAAUACCUGCCACAUCAUGGAUCUCAGUACAGUCUUUCAGUGCCUUAUUGACCAGAUGGAUCCAGAGGACAUGCUGCACACAGCCAAUGAAGUCCUCAGUGAAAUGUUGGGACCCAAACCUCCGUCUGCUGUCCCUGCAGGAGAGAAUUAUGAAUUUGACACUACUACUCAGCCAGUGGAAGACUUUAAUGGAGUUUAUGACGCCUACCUUCCUCUGGAGGCAGCUCCACUUGGCUUUCAGCAUCCUACAGCUGCAGCAACACUAAAUGUUGAGCUGCCUGCUCCCAGCAGCUAUUACCUAAACCCUGUAUCAGAUGACCUGUACAGCCAGGGCCAGUACUUUCCAUAUCAGUGGCCUGAAUAUGAUGCUUCCACAGCAGCCAUCGGAGCUCUUCCACACCUGAAUCUGCCGGUGGAGAUGCCACAAGGUUUGGAACAGAACCUUGAGCCUGUUGUGUUGUUAGGGAUGGUGUAUGGGAACCCAGGAGUAACGUCAUUCCCACCCAUUGGACCUGCUUCUCCACAGUUCUCCUCCCCACCACAAAAAAGAGAGCGCAACUACCACCAGUAUAAACGCCAGCCCUGUGCCAAGAACAAACAGCCCUACGUGAAGAAGCCUCCGAAUGCUUUUAUGCUGUUUCUGAAGGAGCAGAGGCCAAAUGUCACCAGGGACCUUGAAUGCAGAGAUAAUGCUCUUGUAAACAAAGUCCUUGGCCAGAGGUGGAAGGCAAUGUCAAACAGACAACAGGCCAAAUACUUCAAGGAGGCAGAAGGUCUGAGGAAACUUCAUGCCGAGAAAUAUCCAUGGUGGUCACCCCGAGACAAUUACGGCCAAAAGAGAAAAAGAAUCAGGAGGAGGUGUCCCACCAUGUCCAAUGAUGACGACGAGGACUGGGAACCGUGAUUUUGAACAGUUAACACAUUUUCAUUAUGGAUUUGUUUUGUGUAUGAAAAGUAAAAAAAAAAAAAAAUCACUGGUUUGGUUUGUACGUAUCAAUGUCAACCUUUAAGUCAUGUCUUUACUCAUGUUGUCCAAACAUCAGUGAAGGGAGAUGCAGCAACUCCUCACUUUUUAAAAACUGAAACUAUGAAAUGCUUUUUUUAUGCUUGUAAGAUUUUGUAUUUUGCCAGUAAAUGUGUUCAUUGUCAUUUAAA